CAGCUAGUUAAUAAUAGCACUCACAACAACACACACCUCUUAUUCUAUUUGCACAUCAACUUUCUUCUCACACAACUCGGACAAUGAAGAACUCCUCCGCCGUCACAUCACCACCGUCUCUCUCCCUCUUCCUCCUCUUGCUCCAACCGUUUCUAGCUCAAUCCUCCGAUGACCUGAUCGACACAAUCUGCAAAGCGACACCAUUCUUUGACCUCUGUGAAGCUUCUCUCCGCUCUCUCUCUCCCUCACCUCCAGAUACAAAGUCUAUAGCUUCCGCAAUGGCCAACGUUGUGCUCGGAAACAUGACCGAUACCUUAGGAUAUAUCCAAUCACUCAUCAGACAUUCUCAAGAUCCGCCCGCGGAGCGAGCGCUGGCUCAGUGCGCCGAGGUGUACCGGCCGGUGGUCCGGUUCAACAUUCCUCAGGCCAUCGAAGCAAUGGGGCGAGGGGAAUUCGGAUUCGCAAUGUAUGUCCUCGGAGACGCUCAGAAACAGUCUGAUUCUUGUCAGAAAUGGAUCAAUAGUGCCGGCGCCGACGAUGAAAGCUCGGUACCUCUUACGGCUAGAAACAAGCUGGUUAAGAAUCUUUGUGACGUGGCGAUAUCUGUGAUUAAGUCUCUAAUGAAUGGUCGUUAAGAAUCUUUGUGUCUGUUGAAAAUAAUAAU